UCGUUUUGAACUGCAUGAAGAGACUAACAGAACGAAACUAGCACAUUUUGGAGGGGAAUCGUGUGCAUUAUUAUGUGGAAUAUGUGAAAUAUAGUCGCCAUGUCUUUGACAGUUAAAUAUAUAGAUAGAUGAUAUGAGUGUGUUAGUCCUAUGUGUAUUAUUCAUUGGUACAAAAGUGUUGCUGUUCUUAAAUCUACAAGUCUGGAAAAGACGGGACGUCAAAUUCCUCCAAACAGUUAGUGAACUUGUGCCUCUGUGAAAAGAAAAUGAGUGUCCCCAUUGUGCUGCUUCUUCUGGUCUACACACUUCAAACAGCUGGGUCUCCUCGGUCCUUUGUGGGACAAACUGGAGGAUCUGUCACUCUAGAGUUCCAACAACACCAGCAACUGGAGGGGAAUAAUAUAGAUUUCGUCCAGUGGUACUUUGGCAAAGAGAAAAUUAUUAAAUAUAUGCCUCACAAAGACACUCUUACAGUAUUCACCCAUGAAGGCAGACUGGAGUUUAAUAAGAAGACCUUAUCUCUGGAGCUGAAGAACCUGCAGACGAGUGACACUGGACUCUACAAAGUAGAGAUCAGUGCUGAAAAAGCAGAUGUUCAGUCUGAGUUCAGACUCUUAGUUCUGGAUCCAGUGGAGGCCCCUAUUCUGUCUGUCCAUAACCAAUCAUGUGACUACUCUAAUGUGACUGUGACCUGCAGAGGUCAUAACCUCUCUCUGAACUCCAUCUGUAACAACACCAUCUGCUCUCCAGAGAGAAAAGCCUCCACUGACUUCACCCUCUCACUCUCUGUUAAAGAUAAUAGUAUCACAUGUACACAUAGUAGAAACCUUGCUGGCUUUAAAACAGCUAAAAUGGAGCUCAGCAUGCAGUGUCAUUUGUCUUCAGACAAAAAUAGAGCUUUGCAGUUGAGCAUAUCUGUAUGCUUAUCCGUCUUUGUCCCGGUGGUGUCUAUUAUGCUACUGAUAAAUGUCUUAUGAAAAGGUAAACGAUGACAAGAGGUAUGAUGAUGACUUCUCUAACUUUUUUUACAUUUACUGUUACUUAUAAGUCACUUACAAAGUUAUACAGUAUGCUACUCUGCAUAUGCAUAAAUGCAUUCUGUUUUGACGGUGUACAUGAAAUAAUAAUAAUAAAAAAAUGUUUAUUGACAGUAAUAUAGUAAUAACUAAGGUUACCACCUUAAAAACUUGCCGAGUGUAGAGGUCUGAUGUCAAAUCAUGAUUUAAAGAAACUCAUUCAAAGAUUUAUUUCCAGCAGGGUUGAUUGCUGCCAUGGGCCUUUCACAGGCCUUCAUAAACAGACAGAUGUAUAACAUGCUGAGCAGGCAACGAGAAGUGAAAUAUUACUCCAGUAUUUCCCUGCUCUGACUUCCAAUGAGUCACCCAAUUGAAUCUGAAGUACUGCUUGUUCAUAAAUCAUCCCUCUGUCAUACUUCAGCAGCGCACACCAGUGGGGUGUCCUAUGAAGCAAGUUAGACAAAUCUAGGUUAUCUAGACAUAUCGAGGCUGCACAAAGCCUUGACUCGGGUAUUAAGUUAAGUGAUCCUACGACAGCAGGUAUGUGAUAAAUUUGUCAAACUAGGCUUUCAGCUCAGAUCUGUGCGCGUUCUCGUGGUUGGGGUGAUUUUGACCAAUCGGGAAACGUGGAGACGCACAAGACAGCCUAGGUUUAAAAACGAUUACUUCCGCAUUUAUGAGCGGUAGCGAAAUCUAGGGUGGUCUUUUUUAGUGUCUAACCUAUAACAUCAGAAAGUCGAUGGUCAUCAGAUAUUGUAUGGCAUGCAUGUCCAUAGUAGUGACAUAUUUGCACGCACAACAUACUUAAAAGCGCCUUCGAGAUUCAAAAUGUUUGCAGAGGCGGGGCCUAACCUGUUCAAAGUAUGACAGAUUAGCACACGUGAGAUAACUUCGUUGUUCAAGAUAAUGGAUUGGUUAGAAUUGGUCAGAGGGCGGUGAUAUUUCACGAUUUGAGCUAUAACUAAGCACAUAACCCGCUCCCGAGCAGGUUUGGUUGCGAGCAUAAGGUACCAUGGUGAUACAGCGACGCUAAAACAAAUCCACUUUCGUAUGACAGCAUACCCUGGUUUUGAGCGCAACAUACCUCGCUAAGCCACUAAUCGCGCUUCGUAGGACACCCCACUGACCUCUCAGGUCUCAACAUAAUUUGUUUUUUUGGGGCAAACUUCCAAAUUACAUAAAAAUUCCCCAGCUGUUCCCUGUUUCAAAAUCUAGACUUAGAUGCUUUUUACCACAUACUCAAAUGCACCUCCUGAGAAUCAUUUUUUAUUAUUUUGUGUAUACUUCUGUUUACACUUAUUUACUAGUCUUUGUCUUUUAUGUAAAGUAACUUGAUUUUUGCCCCUUUGUAUGAAAUGCCCUAUAUCAAUAAACAUGCCUUGCCUUGUCUACACAUUUAUUUGACAAGUAUCAAAAUAAGUCUUCCCGAGGAAAUCCAAACGUCUGCUCAUGUCCAAUUUUCAGAUAUCAACAUCAUACUCUGAAAAAAGAUGUCUCAUAUCAUACACACACACACACACACACACACACACACGUCAUUUGUCAGAUCGUGUCAGUAAAUCUUGUUUGACCCCAGUUUGUAAGCAACUCUUAUUGUUUUCUUGUUCCUGCUAGCUUUUCUGAUUACCAACCCUGCUUGUGACCUGGAUAUUGUGUAUUGUUUUCUGGAUUGGACUGAUUGCAAAAUAAACCUGCUCUUUGAAACACCCACCACUUUUCUGCAUUUGGUUACCACCCAAUACCUGACAGCUUCUCUGUAUUUAUUUAGUAUCAUCAUAACAGAAGGACUGAAUGACUUAAAGCACCGUUUUUUCAUAUUAAACUACGUUAUUCCCCUAAUUAAGGCGAGUUGAUACAUACCUCUCACAUUUCAAUGCGUGCACUUUGAUAGCACUUAGCUAGCCCAAUGCAUUCAUUAGGAUCCAAACAGAGAUGAAGUUAGAAGCGACCAAACACCUCCAUGUUUUCCCUAUUAAAAUACAGUUACACGAGUAGUCACACGACCAAGUAUGGUGAGACAAAAUAAAACGUGGUGCAUUUCUAAGCAGGUAAGAGGGAUAACUAUAUUGUGUGGCGCAGUAAUAUCCUCUCUCUUGCACGUUCAGUUUCACUUUGGAGUGAAGAUAUUACUGCGCAGAGUCUAAGUGCUCCCAAUAUUAUUCCGCCACACGAUAGUUAUCCCUUUUACCUGCUUAGAAAUGCACAUGGAAAACAUGGAGGUGUUUGGUCGCUUCUAACUUCAUCUCUGUUUGGAUCCUAAUGAAUGCAUUGGGCUAGCUAAGUGCUAUCAAAGUUGCGCCGCGCGCCAGAGCCAGUGAGUGCACACAUUGAAACGUGAGAGGUAUGUAUCAACUCGUCUUAAUUAAGCGAAUAACGUAGUUUUAAUAUGAAAAACCGGUGAAGGGUUCCUUUAAAAUGGAUAGGGUUAGAAUGAUGAAAGCCUGAUUUGAUUUUCUUUUUUUUUUUAGAUUUAUUUUUUUUGGGCUUUUUAUGCCUUUAUUUGGACAGGACAGUAGAGAGAAUGACAGGAAGUGAGUGGGAUAGAGAGUCGGGGUGGGAUCUGGAAAGGACCACGGGGCGGGAAUCGAACCCGGGUCGCCAGCGUACGGUGCAGGUGCCCCAGCCAGUUGCGCCACUGCCGGGGCCCUGAUUUGAUUUUCUAAGGGGUGCAUUAUACCGCUGGCCCAUGUUCCACCCAUAGGGACUUCAAUAUCUUCAGACAGCCUUUAGAUUACUCUAAUAAUGUACUCAUUACAUUCAUCUACAGCAGGACAAAGGGUUCUCUAAUCCUGGCAGGGCCCACUGAAGAUAUGCAGUAAAUACAUACAGUAUGAGUCUGUGAACAUGUAACAGGCAGAGGCUGUGCUGUAGCAAAGAUCAUCAAAAAACACCAUGGGUCAAUUGCUCUGUUGCUAGUGUGGAGUUUAACACGGUUUUAAACUCCAACUCCCAACUCCAACUCAUUUACUCUAUAAAUCCUUGUUUUCUAAUCAUUUAUUAUAAAAUACAAUGGUUAACAUUAAAAUUCUGGUAAAAGCUUCUGUUUUGGAAAUGUUCGAUAGUUGCACUCCAUACCCACACCCCAACCUACAAAAUGGCUGCAUAGCACAGAUGCAAUCUUUCCUAAACUUUUGUUUGUAAAUACGUUAAACUCGCCGAGGUCAGUAAUGUUCACUGACAAAAAUUGCCACAAUGUGUUUGUAAUUCUCAGCCCUACUUUUUUUAUCCAUACACCCAAUUGAAGUAAUGAUGGAAGUCACACAUUGCAAACAUUUUUGUGUCAGCGUAUCAGUGAACAUGACUGACCACUCAAAGAAAUUCCUCCUCUUUACAAACAAAAGUUUAAUGUGUUGCAACAGGUGACAGGUUGCAACUUUGCACCUCUGCACCUACUCUGUAGGUGGGAGAGGGAUAAACUCCCCCUGACUUCUGAAUUUAGUUGUGCGG